AUGUCUACGAUGUUGUGCCAGCUCGGGCAGAAGUGUGUGAUGGAGGUGGUGGUGCUGACCAUCCUGUCGUGGGUGUCGGUGUGGGCAGAGGAGAAGAUCAUCUUUGACAGACACGCUGUCUACUGGAACAGCUCCAACCCCAAGUUCUGGCACGGAGAGUACAGGGUGGCAGUGAACAUUAAUGACUAUCUGGACAUCUACUGUCCUUACUACGAGGGUCCUCCGUCCCACGGGCGCAUGGAGCGCUACAUCCUGUUCAUGGUCAACCACGAGGGCUACACUUCCUGCCAGCACAGGAUGCGCGGCUUCAAGCGCUGGGAGUGCAACCGUCCCAGCGGUCCUGACGGACCCCUGCGCUUCUCAGAGAAGUUCCAGCUCUUCACCCCCUUCUCCCUGGGCUUCGAGUUCAGGCCCGGACACGAGUACUACUACAUCUCGUCUCCUCACCCAAACCAUGUGGGACGAGCAUGUCUAAAGCUGAAGGUGUAUGUCAGACCUCCAGAUGGGUCGGGAUAUGAUUCUCCGGAGCCCUUCCUGACCGAUGGAGGUCCGAGCUGGAGGCCAGGGUCCGUGGCCCCGUUAGCCGCUCUGGCCUCGCUCCUCCUGGGACUCUCCUCCUGGCUGUGA